GUGGAACGAUGUCAGGGCUGCACAGAUGAAUUUUUACGGCCUUUGCUUUCAUAUGAAAAAGCAAAUAGUUAAUAUAGAUAAAAUCAAGUCAAAAGAAAAAAAAGGAAAUAGAUGGAUACUCCCUAUUUCAAGAUCUAAUAAGUGCUUUCCAAUACCUGGGUCUUGUAAUAUGGGUCGAAUUAAAAAAAUUUUAUUUAUGCACCGUGCAAAUACCAAAAAAGCAAGAGAGAAAAAAGAACUUAAGGACAAAGAUAAAGAUGACUUACCAAUCAUUGACGAUGCAUAUGACUUGGAGAAUGAUGAAGCAGCGGAAACAGUAUUUAGAAAGCUUAUUGAAAAUGCUAAAGAAAUGGAUUAUAAUAAAAAUUCACGUUGGAGGUAUACUGGAAAUUCUGAUCGUACAAGACAACGAAGGACACGACAAAACCGUAUAAACGCAGUAGGGAGCUAUAAAAUAACCCAGUUUUUCGCCCUAGUAAAUAAUAUAAAUGAAGCCACAGGAGACCAGCAGUCAGAUUCAGAAAGUGAUAGUGAUCUUGAACUCGAAGAAAAACCAUUAAAAUGGAAACAACAACUUCAAGAAACUGAGAAAAGGAUACAAAAUCUGCUAGAUACUACGGAAAUGUCAAAGACAGAUAAGGUGAAGUAUGUUUCUGUGAUCCAUUAUAUUCGACUUCUUCAACAUGACUCAUCUAAAAUGGAAGCAAGUCGAGUUGUGGCAACCAUUCACAAUGGUGGUGAGUAUCGUGCCAGAUGUAUAUGA